UUUUCAGCAGCGGCUAGCAGUGCCUUGCGUACUGUGUGCCUGUUAGAGAGACCGGCUGUUGUAAAGCUGCAGCGGAUCGUGCUGCUGCUCCCCUGCCUGCAGCACCCUCUCCCGGGCUGUGUAUGCUGCGCCUCCCCGGUCUGACAUAAACUGCUCAGGAUGGACUAUGACUUCAAGGUGAAGCUGACUGGUGAACGCGAGCGGGUGGAGGACCUGUUUGAGUACGAGGGCUGCAAAGUUGGCAGAGGCACUUACGGUCAUGUGUACAAAGCUAAGCGAAAAGAUGGGAAGGAUGACCGGGAUUAUGCAUUAAAGCAAAUAGAAGGCACUGGAAUUUCUAUGUCUGCAUGCAGAGAAAUUGCACUUCUUCGAGAGCUAAAACAUCCAAAUGUAAUUUCUCUCCAAAAAGUGUUUUUAUCUCAUGCUGACCGGAAAGUCUGGCUUCUGUUUGAUUUUGCUGAACAUGACUUAUGGCACAUAAUCAAGUUUCAUAGAGCCUCUAAAGCAAACAAGAAGCCAGUACAGUUACCUCGGGGAAUGGUAAAAUCAUUACUAUACCAGAUUUUAGACGGAAUUCAUUAUCUGCAUGCAAACUGGGUGUUGCAUAGAGAUUUGAAACCAGCUAAUAUUUUAGUCAUGGGUGAAGGUCCAGAACGAGGACGAGUUAAAAUAGCGGAUAUGGGAUUUGCCCGAUUGUUUAAUUCACCUUUAAAGCCUUUAGCAGAUUUAGAUCCUGUAGUUGUCACAUUCUGGUAUCGAGCUCCAGAACUACUCCUAGGAGCCAGACAUUAUACCAAAGCUAUUGAUAUUUGGGCUAUAGGAUGUAUAUUUGCAGAGCUGCUUACUUCAGAGCCAAUUUUUCAUUGUCGGCAAGAGGACAUCAAAACUAGUAAUCCUUAUCAUCAUGACCAGCUAGAUAGAAUAUUUAAUGUGAUGGGAUUUCCUGCAGAUAAAGACUGGGAAGACAUUAAAAAGAUGCCUGAGCAUACAACACUAAUGAAAGAUUUUCGCAGGAACACAUAUACCAACUGCAGCCUUAUAAAAUAUAUGGAAAAACAUAAAGUGAAACCAGAUAGUAAAACAUUCCAUUUGCUUCAGAAAUUGUUAACCAUGGACCCAAUAAAAAGAAUAUCCUCUGAGCAAGCUAUGCAGGAUCCAUAUUUUUUAGAAGAUCCACUUCCUACGUCAGAUGUUUUUGCAGGCUGCCAGAUUCCGUACCCCAAACGAGAAUUUCUUACAGAAGAAGAGCCUGAUGACAAAGGUGACAAAAAAAAUCAACAGCAACAGCAAGGCAAUAAUCAUACUAAUGGAACUGGUCAUCCCGGAAAUCAAGACAACAGUCAUGCACAAGGUCCACCACUGAAGAAAGUGAGAGUUGUUCCUCCUACCACUACCUCAGGUGGACUUAUUAUGACCUCAGACUAUCAGCGUUCCAAUCCACAUGCUGCCUAUCCGAACCCUGGACCAAGCACAUCUCAACCUCAGAGCAGUAUGGGAUAUUCGACUACCUCCCAGCAACCUCCACAGUACUCCCAUCAAACACAUCGGUACUGAAGUGUACCCGAAGAAAUGUCAACGCACUGUUACUUAGGCUGCAGGACUGCGCAUGUAGCGGACUGCCUGAAGCCUGGCUUUGGAAUGUACUGUACAACCACACCUUCAAAUGUCCAGCAGCCAAGUUGCACAACAUUUCACAGAAUGUAGUUCCAAUGUGGAGAUUAAACUCAAAGGAAGCUCUAGCACAGUUUGUGUCUGCUACUUCCAUAGUUUACUUGAAAUGACCAAUGCAUCUUAAGGAGAUGGUAGCAGUUGAAGCUGUGAAAGAUGCUAGGAGCAAGUUUUUUUUGUUUGUUUUUUGUUCUUGUAUGUGGAGACAUAACAAUAUUAUCUGACCAAUAAUGAGCAGAAUCCUUUUUAUUGGUAUGUACCUUACCAUCGCACAAGAAUAUACAAAGCUAGUUUUAAUUCAGUUAAGCUAAUUUUGGUACAUGUAUUCCCCCCCCACCUAUUUUUAAUGUGUUAUAAACUAUCACACCAAGCAGUGUUUAUGACCAGCACUUGUUGAACCACACGUAUUCCCCAUUAAAAUAGCAUUUUGCCUUUUCUCUGUGUGAGCCUCCCAAAGAUUCUAUUUCAGCAUAGUUUUUAAAUAAUCUCUUACUUGACUGGUAUAAAAGCUGCUAUCUGAAAGUAAAUGUUUGACAUUUUUAAAAAUCUGUUUGCUUUAGCAAACCUAAAUGAUUGUCAUUGACAUUUUUUCUGUUGGUGUUGCUGAAUUGUGAGCAUGCUUUGGAGUUUUGACAAAAAAAAAAAUGUUUUGAGCACGAGAUACGUUCCUCAAGAGGUAAAGCAUCUGUUCAGAUCUUUUAAGCUGGCUUGGUGUAGUGGACUUUGAAAGACUUUUUAUUAUUAUUAUUAAAUAUUUUUUUUAUUUGUUGGCACCUUAUUUAGGGUUGCUCUUGUUAUACCAGAGAAAAGGUAGGAAAGCCUUAGAAUUUACAAGGAAACAAAACUGCAACAUACAAUGUACUGUAUCAGAGUAUUUCAAACUAUUUUCCAUAAAUGACUCAAGUAUUCUGAUUUACAAAAAAAAAUCAACAUUGUCAAAGCAAGGUGUUAAGUAAUAAAUUUAUUUUUCAUAAAACCGAA